GAUAUCUUCUGUCCUCCAGAACUAUCUCAUCGUACUUGAGAGCCUGUACAGCAGCCACCCGUCUAUAAGCCUUCGAAACCGCCCCCGCCCUUAUUUCGAUCACGGGAAGGCUCCUCAGCCGAGUUAUCCAAGAUGGGUAAAUACUACUGCGAUUAUUGUGACAUCUACCUCACACACGACUCGAUGAACGCUCGGAAAGCACACAAUACUGGACGUAAUCACGUUUCCAACGUUCGUGAUUAUUUCGCUGGACUGGGGCACGACAAGGCUCAAAAUAUCAUUGAUCAAAUUGUUCUAUCGCAUGAAGGAGGAGGUAGAGCUCAAAUGAUGGCUGCUCCAAGUAUGAGAAUCGGAGCUGGGUUCAUGAAUCCCAUGGCUGCUCCGCCUAUGAACUUUCCACCGUUCCCUGGUAACGCACCACCUCCACCUGGUGGCGGUGGAUACCCUGCACAAUCUGUUCCCCCUUUCAGACCACCUUUCCCACCCAAUGGCGCUGCUGGAUCUAUGCCACCUUUCCCACCGCCUCAAAACAUGUCAGGUCCACCUAUGGGCAUGCCACCGCCAAUGGGUCAAAUGCCUCCAUUCUCAGCUGGUCCACCGGCAAAUGGUGGCGCACCUCAAGGCUCCGGUAAUUUUACUCCUCAAUCUGGUCCUCCUCCAGCGGGUAAUCCAGGUGUGCAUCCUGACCGUUUGAGGAUGAUGGGCAUGUGAAAGGACGAACCUGUGAAGGGACGAACCAAUGUACAAAGUAUGCAAAGACGAGGUGUACAUU